UCGAUACGAGGCGAACGCGUUUUGAGGAGCCAUCCCUUAUCCGGAAGUGGUCGUUUUGGGUGUUUGUGGUGUGUACUAAUCCUGUUGAUGUUCAUUCUCCACAAAACUGCGAUUACAUUUGCUGUAAGAACAAAUCGUGUGGAGGAGUGUGUGAGGCAGACCCAAAAGUGAGCGGAGAAAGAAAGAAGCCAUGUGUGUGAUGUGCUGAGGAAAACGAUGAUAAAAGUGUUUAAACUUGGCGAGGCAAAUAGCAGUGUACCAAAAGCUUAAGUUAUCAGUGUCUAUCCUGGGGUUAGCGCAAACGAAAAACGAGAGCAGUUGAGAGAGCAAAAUGAUCGUUAUUUUUAAUCAGUUGAAUAAACAAUUCCGUCUGUUUAGAGAAUAAUAACAACAGAUCAUCCAAAACUAUCAUCUCAAGUGUCUGUGUUGGUGCGAAUCAGUGCGAUAUGAGAUUAUAGACGUUGAUCAGAUCAACUACAAUACAGUGUCGAGCUUCAGAGGAAUAACAAUUACGCUGCUCCAAUCUGGAAAUAUUGAGUUAAAGUUAUUGACUGUUAGUAAAUAAAGCUAUUAACAAGACAGUGAUAUACAGUUCAAUUAACUUUCCGACACAGGACUCGACUUGAUCGUCGUUUUAGAAGUGCUACAUAAAUCACCACCCAAUUGAUACAAAACUACUGGAAAAUAUUUCCCACACGCUCGCAUCUUUACUUGUUCUCUGACAGUCCGGUUGUCGCUCGCUGCCUGUCUGCCUCCCCCUGUUCUGCUGCAGAGGACGAGGGAAACAAUCGGAGCCGCUUGAGUGUGCAGCAAACAGAGUACACGCCAAUACGAGAAGAGGACUGCUGCAAAAUCCGCGACCAGCAAGUAACAAGCUAAAUCUGCGCCUAACAGACAUCACCGAAGAACGGUUCGCAAAUCGGUUUGAAGAGAUAGAAGUGAAGCUGGAUGGGCCAGAAGAUUCGUGGUUCGUGCCUGCAAGUGCUAUUCAGGAGGAAGCGUUGAAAUUUAAUCAUUCGGAUAGGUGAGAUACGUUGGAUUUAGGGUGGUGCUAUCGCUCGAAGUGGUGCCCCUAUUAGGGAGACAUUGUGCUACGCAAUAUAUCGGAGGAGAAAAUCGGUUUCGGUUUUGCUGGAAAGGGAAGAUUAUAUACUUGAAAUAAGCGGCGACAUACACAAACACACACACGGUGUUAAUUUAACUAAUUCUCGUUCCGCGAAAAAGAAGUCACACAGCUUCACGGGUGGGUUCAGGUUUCAGGCGAACUUGUUCGAUGACUUUGCCCCGACAUUGCCCUGUAUAGUAUAGUAAUGUAAUGUAGUGGAAGAAAUCGCCCCGUCGUUCGACAGUUCGUUCGCGCGUUGUGAUACAUGCAAAAUCCCCAAGUGGAGGAAGUGAGUGUGAAGUGAAGAAGAAUCUCUCCGGUUGUUAAUACACGGGCUGUUGCGGAAAAGAAGAGCAGAAGUGCAAUCGUUGUGAAUGAAAACAAAUAAUCCACCGAAAGUCCGAUUAAGUGGACACGGCCGCGCGCGCACACAUUCGGAGGAUAUUCUCUGGCUGAGAGGGUGUUGUUUUUGCUUGUCUUCUCAAAAAUACUUGUUUAAUUUUAUGACGCGAGAGAAAAUAAACUCUAUGUAAAAAUAGUGCGUCUCAGAGGCAAACCGAAGCAAACAAGUAUAUUGUUGUUGUUGCAGUGGAGAGUGUUGAAAACGAGAUAGCGGCGUUUGGAGGAAAGCCACACACAUGAUUGGUGGGGUGUCGUGGUCUCUUUGGUGCAUCUGCAUGAGAGGAAGUGUUUAAUUAUCGAUAUCUGAUCUGAUAACAGGUUCGGAGGAAAACGGAUUUUGUCAGCAGGUUCACUAAUCCAGGUGAUCUUAACAUCGUAACGGAGUCACAACUUGUUUGCAACGGGGAAGUGGAAUUCAUCGUUGUGUGAAGAUUAAAAGGAGCUGCUGCUGUAUGCCAGUGCUUCCAUUUUGAGGCAGUGUUUUUUGUGUUUCGGUAAAUUUUUCCCUUCCUGUUGUAUCGGCUUAAACUGGUUGCUGUGUUCAACAAAAGGCGAGCCAUUUCAACUCUGUUGGCUUAAAUCACAUGCAGGUGUUUACCAUCGCGUGGAGUCGCGCCGAUCGGCCCCGCUCUAAGGGGCCAUGACGCGUUGGCCCGUUCUACUGCUCUUACUGCUCUCGGUGGUGUUUGCCAGCGCCCCGAACGCCGAUGGAACGUUCCAACCGCCUGCGGCCGCCGGUUCGUCGACUCUGGCGCAGUCGCUACCGCCGGCUUCGUCGGCAUCAGCCCUACCGUCGUCCUCCCUGCAGCACCAGCUCCAGCAGGCUCAAGUGCUGCACUCGAACGCGCCGGGAGCAGCCUUUGUGCCGAAACUAACAACGAGUUCGCAUCAUCAGAAGUUCAGGAAUAAUCGGACCCAAUUGGUGCUCGGGUACCUGACUGCACUCAAGGGCAAUAUGAAGGACAAACAGGGUCUGACAAUUUCCGGUGCGUUGACCAUCGCUCUGGAGGAGAUCAACGACGAUCCGGAUUUGCUGCCGAACGUAACGCUAGCGUUGAGGUGGUAUGACACCAGGGGUGAAACAGUGAUUGCUACCCGUGCUAUCACGGAGAUGAUCUGCGACGGAGUGGCAGCCAUUUUCGGACCCGAGGGAACCUGUAAGACUGAAGCCAUCGUGUCUCAGAGUCGAGACAUACCAAUGAUCUCCUAUAAAUGUUCUGAGCUACAUCGAAAAAUACCAAUUCCAACGUUUGCCCGAACUGAACCACCAGACACGCAGGUAACGAAAUCGAUCAUCUCGCUGCUGAUGUAUUACGGUUGGAAGAAGUUCUCCAUCAUCCACGAGGAGAUGUGGAAGAACGUUGCGGUUUCGCUGGGAAACCAGGCGCUGCUCAACAAUCUGACCGUUAACCACGUGGAGGAGGUUAUCGACAACCACAAGUGCUGCGAAAAUAGUCUGGAUUGUUGUCGUAGUGGAUAUUGGUAUACGAUUAUUCAAAACACAAUGAACCGGACACGAAUCUAUGUGUUUCUGGGGAAUCCAAAUGCACUCGUUGACAUGAUGACCCAGAUGGAUGCAAUGCAGCUGUUUGCCAAGGGUGAAUACCUGGUGAUAUUCGUUGACAUGAUGACGUACUCACUGAAGGAAUCGAAGAAAUAUCUCUGGCGUGCGGACCGCGUUUCCCAUUACAAAAACUGCAACGAGAUGGAUCAGUUUCUGCUGCGAGGCCGCAGUCUGCUGGUGGUUGUGGCAUCCGAACCGCAGCCGGAGUUCGAACAGUUCACAACCAAAGUUCGAGAGUACAAUCAGAAGGAGCCAUUUUCAUUCAAAAUGCCCACUCUAUUUUUGCCGUACGCAAAGUAUGUGUCGAUUUAUGCAGCCUAUUUGUACGACUCGGUGAAACUUUACGCCUGGGCAUUGGAUAAGCUGCUGAAGGCGGAACAGACCAUUCGACCGCUGACGAGUGAUGUGAUACAGGAGGUGGCCAGCAACGGGACACGUAUCAUCGAAACCAUCAUUCAAAAUCGAACCUAUAAAAGUAUAGCUGGUGCGAUGAUACGAAUCGACGAGUUUGGCGACUCGGAGGGUAACUUUUCGGUGCUAGCCCUCAAGAACGAUCCGUACACGGAGGGAAAUUUUUCCUGCGAUUACCAAAUGAAGCCGGUCGCGCAUUUUCAGAUGCGUCAGUUGCAGCACCGAAACGAUUCCGAUCAGAAACGAAACGAUGAAAUUCCAGAAUUCAAACUAUCGAAAGCUGGCAUAACCAUUGACUGGGCGGGAUUGGAACGGCCAAUGGAUGAGCCUUCUUGUGGCUUCAUGAAUGAGCAUUGCACGAAGGACGAAUCGCACAUCACAUCGAUGGUGAUAGCGGGCGUCCUCGCGUUGGUUCUAUUCUGUGCCGGCGUCAUCACGAUGAGCAUCUACCGCAAGUGGAAAAUCGAACUUGAAAUCGAGGGUCUGCUGUGGAAAAUCGAUCCGAUUGAAAUUAGACAUUAUUUCAAUACGGAAAUCGUGUCGUCACCGAGCAAGCUCAGUUUGGCCAGCGCCCAAUCGUUUGGAUCGCGCUGUUCGAAUCAGGUGUUCACCCAAACCACUCGCUUCCGGGGCGUCGUGGUGCGCAUCAAGGAGUUGAAGUUCUCCCGGCGUAAGGACAUCUCGCGGGAGAUAAUGAAGGAGAUGCGACUGCUGCGAGAACUGCGGCACGAUAAUAUCAAUAGCUUCAUCGGGGCGUGCGUCGAGCCGAUGAGGAUAUUACUAGUCACUGAUUAUUGUGCCAAGGGUAGUCUGUACGAUAUCGUCGAGAACGAGGAUAUCAAGCUAGAUGAUUUAUUUAUUGCAUCGUUAGUACACGAUUUAAUUAAGGCAAUGAUAUACAUUCAUAGUUCAGCUUUAAACUAUCACGGAAAUCUGAAGUCAUCCAACUGCGUUGUCACGUCCCGCUGGAUGUUACAGGUGACGGACUUUGGGUUGCACGACCUGCGCCACUGUGCCGAGAAUGAGUCGAUUGGGGAGCAUCAGCAUUUCAGAAGUAAGGGAAACUUAGGAUCUGUUUAUUCAUGCACUAAUUCAUGUUCUGUUGUAAUUCCCUUAGAUUUAUUUUGGAAAUCACCCGAACUGUUGCGGGAGCCGCACAUCUACGGUACCCAGAAAGGGGACGUGUACGCGUUCGCCAUCAUCCUGUUCGAGAUCAUUGGUCGCAGAGGUCCGUUCGGCACCGACCUGGAGCCAAUAAAAAUUGUAGAACUAGUUAAGUCACAUCCUGAAGCGGGGAGAGAACCGUUUCGGCCGGAUAUCGAUAGUGUGAUAGAAAACGAAAACGUUCCUGAUUACGUAAUCAAUUGCAUCAAGGACUGUUGGGAUGAGAUUCCCGAACAGAGGCCCGACUUUCCCUCCAUAAGCUCUCGACUUAAACGCAUGCGCGGUGGAAAGUCUAAGAACAUCAUGGACCAAAUGAUGGAAAUGAUGGAGAAGUAUGCCAAUAAUCUCGAGGAAAUAGUCCAGGAUCGUACGAGACUGUUGUGCGAGGAGAAGCGAAAAACGGAGGAUUUACUGCACCGGAUGCUUCCCCAACCGGUUGCCGAGAAGUUAACGAUGGGUCUGGGUGUGGAACCUGUGUCGUAUGAUGCGGUAACGAUUUACUUCAGUGAUAUUGUUGGUUUUACAGCAAUGUCAGCUGAAAGCACACCACUGCAAGUAGUUAAUUUUCUCAACGAUCUGUAUACAGUGUUCGACAGAAUUAUCAAAGGAUACGACGUGUACAAAGUGGAAACAAUCGGUGACGCGUAUAUGGUGGUUUCCGGUCUACCCAUCCCCAAUGAUAAUCGUCAUGUCGGAGAGAUUGCUUCGAUGUCUUUAGAAUUGCUACAAGCAGUGAGAACCCACCGCAUUUCACAUCGUCCGAACGAAACGCUUAAAUUACGAAUCGGCAUCCACACUGGGCCCGUUGUGGCCGGUGUUGUGGGACUUACCAUGCCUCGGUACUGCUUGUUUGGUGAUACGGUUAACACAGCUUCCCGGAUGGAAUCUAAUGGAGAGGCACUGAAGAUUCACAUAUCACCUCAAUGUAAGGCUGCACUGGAUGAACUGGGUGGUUAUGUGACGGUCGAACGAGGGCUAAUCGCGAUGAAGGGGAAGGGUGAAGUGAUGACGUAUUGGUUAGAAGAAGCCACCGAGAAAGCCAUUCAGAAGAAACCUGUCGAUGUACGAGAUCUACCUCCACCGUUAUUCUGUAGGCCCAGGCGAUCGCCAAAGUUAACUUAUGACUCGCGGCAACCGAGCAUGACUGCGAUUGCAAAUUAUAUCGUCGGAAGCCGACGCCAGUCCAGUGCACUCAAAGAUCUCGAAAGCAAUUACAGUCUGCAGGGUUCGAUGUUUGGGCCAUCGAUACGUGAUUCGCCACGUAUCAACCAGCGAAGGUUAGAGCAAAUUCCACUACGUGCAAAUGCCGACUCCCAAAGUACUUUAGAACCGCGAAAUGCAAUAGAUAAAACCGAAUCUAGUGAUAGUCUAGUGAAGAAAGUCAUCUUUAACAAUAGCAGUAAGAAAUUUAGGAAUAAGCUUCGUUCGAUUGCAUCUACGGAUGAUUACCGUAAGAUCUGUAAUUCGGGUAGUUUCCUGCGGGAAAGUCGAUCGCUGGAUCCGUUCCCGAGUGAUGUCCGCAAGCGGUUGGAAAGUAUUAGAAUGGAGAAAAAACCUCGCAUCGCCCACGGGGGCUCCCAUUCGCUCGAGGCGGGCGUUUCUACCAUCAGCAGCGAAUCCAUCCAGCCCGAUCCCUCGACAAAGAUGGUUAUUUCGACAGUGCACGAGGACAGCAGCUCGACGGACGUGUACAAAUAUCUCAACAACAACUGCAAUGGUUCGAUCGGGAACAACGAAGAAUCGCAGCACUGCCCGCUGUUGAUGCGUCAAACCUCUCUGGUGACGCCCGGCCAGGAGGACAGCCUGAGUACACACAAACGGUGGUAUUCUCUGGAGAAUGUUGGAGCACCAGAUGAUGACAGCUGUAGCAAAAAAUCUCUGACGCGCAGCUCAAUCAAAUCGUGGCUGGUGGGAUUCAUCCACGGCAACGGGUUCAAGACGAGUGAUUCUAGUUUGCGCAAAGUUGGAGUCCUUCCGGUUGGUGUUGCCGGUGUGACGGGUUUCGGCGAGUUGCAGUCUACGCCGGAAAAGGAAAGCAUGGUCUGAUGUUGCAGGUACCCAUCAGGUACUACAAUGUAAAUAGUGGGCGUUUGUAUGUGUGUCUCCGUAUGUAUUUUGUAUCAUAGCUAGACAAUUUUUAUAUGUACUUGACGAGAUCGCAAUGGUGAAGUGCAGAAUCAGUGUAAUGUAGUUUUCGGUUCUCCUGCUACUCUAAAGUACUGCAAAUUGUAUUCUAUUUUUCAGUUAUCAAGUUUAUUUAUGAAAUGAACAGAAAAAUGUGGGAAUUUUGUGACGUCAGCUGUAACAUGAUGAAAUAGUUCGAAUAGGCACUUAUAAUAUCAGAUUUUUAUAUUUUUUUUUCGUUGCUAACAAAGACUUUAAUUCUUUGGAUUCAUUCGUCUCCGUGAUGUGAGAGAAAUACGUUCAACGGUAUAUGGCCUGUGAUUUUAAAAGUUAUAUUUCGAAUUUCAUUUUAAUGUAAACGAGUAAACCUCCUACAUGCUAUAAAACCGCCAUUAUCUGUUUUCGACAACGCAUGAAAUCCACAAUGCUUGCGUGUGAUUCAAUCAUACACAAACGCUCUCCAUCUAACGGUAUCGAAUGGUUUGUAUGGUUUUAGAAAAGUAGUUAAAGAUGGUUGAUUGAUGAUCGUAAUUUGUUUCCUUAUAUCAAUGUACGCAUUGCACUAAAUUAUAUUGAUAUUGACACACAACGACAACAAUGUGUGGAUGUAAAGCAAACAUACAGACGCACUCUCCACCAGACGGGAUGAAAAUCGACAAGGUUCUUCAACCGAAUGAAAUUGCACAGCUGUUCGCGAUAUCUUCCAUUCUUUCCUGGUCUGCUUUUCUUUUUUUCUUUUUUGCUAACUAGCUGGAUUGAAACCAUGAUUUUGAAUGACGGAAGGCUUAUUAAAACCCAAUAUGCUUCAAAUUUUCAUUAAUUUAAAUUGCUCAAGGAUUAAGCAAUCGUAAUGUAAAACAUAUCAGACAAAUCUCAUCAAAAUUCCUUCAUAUCGAAAAUAGUCAUUAAUGUCAACAUUAUUUCAUAAAAAUGUGAAUUUUUAAAGAGAGAGAGUGUUAUCGGGCGCCAUAUUUAUCGGCCACUAUACCGUGUUGCCGGUACUUUUCUAAAGAUUUUGAAGGGGGAAAGCUUGCUCCAAAAUUUUCUUCAACCUUUCUGUUCGAUAGUCCAUUCUGGCAGUGGUUCAUAAUAAUAUUUUCCAAACCGUCAGCAGUACAUGUUGAUGCUGACAGAUAUCUUAACAAUUUUCGAAUCGAUUUCUAUCGCUUUGAUCGCAAGUAGAUUGCAUCGCUCAGGCAUUCAUUCAUUGGAUCUUAUCAGGACUACCAAAUAUUUAUUCUAACUCUGCAUUUCCCGAUUGGCACCUAUCUCGCUAUAGCUUUCAGUCUACAUCAUCAAUAAGUAGUAGAUAAGCUUGAAGCGUAGUAAAAAAAAGGGGCAUACCACAACAGUUCAAAAUAAUCGACGCAACUCUGCAUUUGUUUGCAUAUCACAACGAUUAUUUGUCGUCAAACCAAACAACAACGUUGCCUUGCGCUUAUUUGGUCGCCAUGGAUACGAAUAUUGUAUGGCAUUUUGACGACAGCGUGGUAGGCUUCAUUUCUGGGCGCAAACAAUAUCGAAAUCUAUUUCGUGUUGUUUCCAAAUACUAUUUAUUUAUUAUUUACAUUUAGUCGGCCGCCAGCACUUUGAGGGCUAUAAUAUUAUUGCAAAGCCUGCUAUACACCCGUAAAUCGCUAGCACAAAAUGCAAAUGCAGUGUAGGAGAAGGAAAAUAUAGAAGUAGAUUUGUAUUUUAUUUCCGCUUUAGCCAGUCAGCAGGCAGCUCAUAGAGGUUUUGUUCGACCCAAAGUCUGAGAGCGAAAUCAUUUAUCCGAGGUGAGAAGAUGACAAAGAGCACGGCAUCGUGUUUGCGUAUUAUUGAAUCACUCGUAUGCAUUGUUGUUUCAUCGCUUAUGCGUAGAAGGGAGAGAAAACAAGAAAGAGAGUGAAAGAGAAAGAAAGCGAAAGAAGAAAGAGCGAGGAAGUGGAGAGAAAGAAAGGAACUGAGAAGAGAGAGAGAAAGUUAGAUAGAGAGAGAGAGGAAGAGAGAAAGAUAGAUAGAUAGAGCGAGAGGAAGAGAGAAAAAAUAGAGGCAAUAAAAAAGAAAGGGGAUAGAAAGAAAAAGAAAGAGAAAGAGAAAGAGAAAGAGAAAAAGAGAGAGUUAGAGAGAAAGAGAAAAGAAAAGCUGGUACUAUUGCCGUGUUCUCGAAUGAAUGCCAGAAUGGUUUAUUGUACAUGAGAAUUGAGAAAAAGAGUAGAGUUUCUCAAUAUUGGAUAAAGAAAAAGAGAGAAUAGAGAGAGAAUCAAUUCUUAUGUAUAAUACACCAUUCUGGCAUUCCUUCGCAAUGGGAUUUCGCACUUGUACACUCAUUUUCAUGUUUUCGAUGAAUAAUAAACAAUUAACGCAAUACUACCUAAGGUAAAUGGUUUUGGUUUGUCCAGUCCAAAAUAUGAUCAUGGUUUGUCCACUUAUAUGAAUGCUCUAGAUCAGCGCACCUGUGCAAAACAGGUAUUGGAAUGUUCCAAAACAUAUAAAUAAAAUUAUCUUUUUCAUGAUUUGCAGUAGUUUUAUAGUAUACUAGCUGACCCGGCAAACAUUGUUCUGCCAUGUAUUUGUAUUUGUAGAGAAUACAUUGGUAACGAAUUUGACAUGUUUGUUCUCAACAAUUUACGCUUUACAGUAAUGGAACACGUCUAUAUUGCAUUGCGUUUCAAGGUUAUCACAUUUGCACAAUUCGUCGAAGUCGAACGGAUGACAGAAUGCAAUAUUGCAAUCGAUUCGGGUAAUUUUGUAAUAAUUUUGUGAGUAGUUCAAUAGACGUAUCUGGAAUUUUAGAGGAAAUCACACUAUCGAUUUCCUCAGGGCGUAUUUUGUCGAUUAUCCAAAUUAAAAUUGUGCAUAUGAGGUAAUCCUCGCAUUUACCAUCCAACCGAAUACAUCCAGCAAGGUGUGGGACCGAAUAUGUGUAAUGUUGUAAUGAAGCUCAUUUUUCAUUUCAUUCAUUGUUUUGUUUGAACACAUGUGCUGUAAUAUCAUGGCAAUGCAUGCGUUAGGCUUGGAAAUAACAAAAUGCUGUGUCGGCGUUGCUCAUGAUAGCGUCUCGCAAGUGAGUGUAUUUUUCCUCACACCGCUUCUGAUUGUCUAGAAUCGCAGUCGCUCGCUCUCUAUCUCUUUAUCGUUCGCAAGAUAUUCUUCGUUGAGAUUGUGAACGAUAGCAACAUUAGGAACGUUAGUAUCAUUGAAGAAGAAGGUGGAGAGCGUCGUUUGAACGAAGUAUAUCAACGAUAAGCUCCAGAUUAUUGUUUCUUCUUCGAAUCAUAAUUUCUCGCAUCGCUGUGCAGUCGUCUACCAUGACCCCAGCAAUGUUCUCAAUAACAUGCGCAUUGAAUGUAUACACGUGUUCUCCAGUCGGUGUUUCAUUAGGAUUGAUGACAAUAACGUGAUUGUCACCUUGCAUUCCGAGCAUGUAUGAUAUGAAGAAUUUCAAUAAUUCAUUAUGUUUAUUUAAAAAGUCUUCCAGUUAGCCGGGAACACGCAUGAGGCUAUUGGCGCAUGUGUGGAUGAAAGUUCGAUGGAGCGAACUUAGUGUCAUCUGUCAUUUAACAACCUUUGAGGUUAUAUUUACUUUUAUGCCAAAUUAAAAAAAUAGAAUUAAAAAUUAUUUAGAUUUUUUUUCUGCAUAGGGCCACCCAAAUCGGUAUUGAACAUACGGUAAUCAGUACCCUAGCGAUAUCAUGUAUAAUUUACGUCCUAUUCUCAUGUCUACCAAGUUUUUUGUGCAUAAUUUCAUGAAAAUUGGUUGAACCGUUUCAGAGGAGUUCGACCACGAACAGCGUGACAUAACAUAAGUAUUGACUGUUACUGUUGUCACCCUAUUUUUGAAGAGUUCCAUGACUUUAUUGGACCUAAUAUUUUUACAAAAUCAUCCGUUUGGACGACUGUUCACAUACUAUUAGAGACUUACUAACUUUCUUACUGUUACUGCGCUGGAAGCAUAGUGCCUUCGUUGAAAGCUUCCACGCUGAGCGAUUUUGCAGGUCAAUUCUGGGGCGAAACCUUUUAUCUCGUUUGUGAGGCUCCGUCGCCAGGAACCUCUGGAGACGGAACCUCAGGACACUUUAGCAGAUAUUUUGAUUACUUUAAGCGAUUAAUUCACAUAGACAUUGCUUUAUUGUUUAGAGACAAAAUGGUCAGUGGAGGAUAACGACUUACAAUGUUCUGUUUACUAAAGCUGAUAGACGCUUAUAUGUGCGCUGCGGUUUUAUGGGUAUUUCUAUUACGACUCUUGGUAGGUGAAUAGACCCACCUUAUUUCAUAUAUUUACCUUGAAUUUAAUGAUUUCCACAAAUUCAGACAUACAAGUUUUAAUAGUUAAUGUCGUAUUUGUCCCGAACAAUAACUGUACACUGCGUUUCACAACUAUAGAACCACUUAUUUUUUCUGAGCUUCUAGAUAUAUGUAAGAAGUCGGUUGAAUUGAAGUAUAUAGUAUAGAAUAUGGCAACUAUCUUCAUUUAAAAGACUGGCUAUUUGAAAAUUAUUGUUCACAGCAGUGUUAACAGGAUUGCACAAUGGACCAGGAGAUGCAUUUAUUUGGAAAUUAGCAUUUAGAGCUCGACAGUUUUUCUCUAGACAAAAACUGGCUUAGACAAAGUUGUUACUCAUGAUAGAGCGCUCGCUUUUAUGUUGCCAAAAAUAGGGUGACCAAAAUUUUCGAUGAAAUAAAAAAUCUAACUUUCUUAUCUUUAUAGAUAGAGGUAAAUAUAGUUCGACAAUGUUGUAGCCCCAAUUAUUUGAUAUAUCUUUGUAGAACAAAGUUUUUCUCUAUCUCUUGAAAUAAACGAUAUAACGCCUUUUUCUAAAAUACGUCAGAGUCACCAUGAAAAAAACUGUUUGUUUUGCUCUAACUUUUAUGUUUCAAAUUUUACAUGUAAACUGUCUUCGAAAGACUUUUAGAGCUUACUAAUACAAACAUUUUUCGAUGCAGAACUUGUCAAUAUCUCAAUUUUACUCAAAGUUAUUGAUAUUUCUUCCCAAAAAACAUGCUCUUUUAAUUUGUUUGUCAUUCUUUCUGGGACAAACAUAAAAAAUGUUUAUUGACGGAAUUUGAAAGAACAGAUUUCAUUCUAUAUAAUAUGUGAUUUUCAAAACUAUGUUAUUUUUGACAACAUAAAAACGAGCGCUCUAUCAUGAGUAACAACUUCGUCUAAGACAGUUUUUGUCUAGAGAAUAACUGUCAAGCUCUAAAUGCUAAUUUCCACUUAAACGCAUCUUCUGGACCAUUGUGCAUUGUGAACAGCAUUGUUAACAGCAGUAAAUGAUUCUGAAGUACUUCGUUUUACUUGUGACUGUUCAUUCGUGUUGAUGGUAAGCUACCUAAACCAGGCAACUUUUAGUUUUUUGAUUUUUUUUUUUUUUUUUUUUAUCUGUAUUAUAGUGAUCUUCAACUCAUUUGGCUGGUUCGUCACUUUUACUUCCAUUUUAGGAAGAAUGUCGGGAGUGAGAAUUGAACUCGUGACCUUUAGCGUGAGAGGCAUGGAUGUUACCACUACGCCAGAUCGCCUCCAGUUUUUUGAUUGCUCAGCCCCUGAUUACAACAUCACCUUCAAAUGGCCAGUUUUUUAAAUGAAGAUAGUUAUUAUAUUCUACACUAUGUACUUCAAUUCAACCGACUUCUUUCAUAUCUCUGGAAGCUCAAAAAAAUGAGUGGUUCUAUAGUUGUGAAACGAAGUGUAUAAGCUACAAUAUUCUUCGAAAAAUUGAUAUUGUAGCGGUAUGUGCAUACUGAAAACGAGCAUAUUCCUUAGGGUAGCCGCUUUAUCCCAGUUCCCAUGAGUCAUAAAAAAUUGUGGAAUACCGAAGCAACAUCUCGGAUUCCACCAAAUAUUGAUAUAACUAAUCUCCUAAUUUGUCUUGUAUCUCUCAAUGGCGUGCUGCUCCAAUAUCAUAUCAUAUCAAUAUCAUGCCAAUGUUCAAUUUAUUCAAGAUAUUUCAAUCAUUGGAUUUAUAUCAAGAUAGCCAAUUCAUGAAUUGAGAUAAAGAAAUAUCUAUUAAUUUCUAACGAAAGACUGUAUUGUUCAAGUUUUUAUGAAAAAAUUGCGUUGAAAGUUCUGUUAAUAUCGCGAAUAUCAAAGGUAGGGGAAAAAAGGGGAAUUUGGACCACCUACGCAAAUCAUCUAAUAUUUACAAACAAAUACGGUCUAAAUAAAAAAUGUCACAUUGUAUACUGAGCUACACUUAUUUUCUCUCAAUCAAUAAUGUUUAAUCAUUAUAUCAAGCUUCAAAUUACCAAAUAUAUCUUAAAAUAGAAGAGAUGAUUUUUGGACAUUAAAAUUUGAUGCGGGGUGAUUUGGACCGUCUGUGGGGUGAUUUGGUCCAGUGUGUGUUUCAUCGAAAAAAACAUACUUAUGUUUAUGUAAGGUAUUUUGGGAUAGUGUUACAAUCAGUAACAGUGUUUUAGGAUCGAUACCAGGUGCCUUGGCCAGAUUCCAGACCAGAAAAAUUGGAUUGACACCAUCUCGAAUUCUGCAUGAAUCUUUUAACUGUUGUUCGAACAUUUUCAAACACUUUCGUUGUUGGUCAAAGAAUAUCCGUUUUUGAUGGCCUGAGUUGCUUUUUCAAGCUCCUCCUUCUUCCAACGUUGUAUGCCCAUCCUCUUUUUGUAAUUCCAUGACAUCUGGAAUCAAUUAGAUCAAAGAAACGCCUCAAACCUGUAGGACCAAUUCACCCCACACAACAUGCAAAAAUUAAAAUGCAAUUUAUUCAUUUAUUGUUAUCAAACUUACAGUUUCGCUGCAUCACAUUGUUCCUCUUCUGUAGGCGAACAGAACUUUUCUGCACAAUACACGAAAAGUUUGUUUAAUCAGCGGGAAAAACCUUAAAACCACGAUCGGAAAACUCACAUUUUUUGACGAUCAAAGUGCCUGCUGUGUUCAUGCUACCAUUUCCUUCCACCUGUCGAAUUUUACCAAAGUUUUUUACGUUAGUUACAUACGGUUCAACAAUAAAAGAAGAUGACAUUAUGAAAAAUCCAAGUUGAACCGUACUUUUUGAGAUAAUGGGGUGGUCCAAAUCACCCCGUGUUACCCUAUAUAUGUUUUAACGAAUUAAAGUUACAGCUCCACUUGUGUGGGGAUCGGCAAUAACGAUGAAAAAAAUAUAACAUUUGCUCGACUCCAUUGCAUUUAUGAAGUGUUCGGUAGCUACAUCCCAUGAAACUCCUCAAAAUUCGCGAAAUAUUGGAAGAAAAACAGCACUUUGAUCUCAACCUAAACUUCAUUUGCUUGAACGAAUUCCAGUAAAGUAUCUCCGACUGAAUCCGUUGAAUCCCCUGAUCUCCCAAAAUUAAUUUGCUGAUUCCCAAUAAGCUGAAGCUCGAGAAUGAAGCACCCAACCGCCAAAACACGCUACGCACCUCUCAACAAAAUUGCGAUCUCGUCUACCUAAAUAUGUGUCAAUCCGAUGAAUGUUAAUGCACUACUGAUAUGUUGAUUUUAGGAGAGUAUAAAUGAAACUAGGGAGCAGAUUCUCAAAUUAAUAGCGGCAAGCGGUUUCCAUUUCCGUGAAAACUCUGCGCGCCGCUCGUGGCAAAGCAUAAGCGAACUGAAAGAUUUCAGAAAACAAAAUAUGUAUAAAAAUAGACAGGCAUUUGUUAUUUUUUAUUCUCUCGUGCCACUCAAAGUUCACAUUAGGUAAAUCAAAACACACAAUUUGUAGCAGUAGUACAUAAAACACAAAAAUCCAUCCACUGGAGUUUUGUGGGAAAAUAAGUGCCAUGUUUACGCAAAAACUUGAAACAGCAAUCAAACAAGGAAACCCUGACGCAAUCGAUCGGAUGCAAGACGCGAUCGGAUGCACUGACGGUCCUUCCAUUACGGUUAGUAGAUCGAACAGUGAAGUAAAACAAGCAACAAACAAUAUUCAGGACGUUUCAUUCAUUCUAUACAAUUUUCAUGUAGUUUUAUUAUCCAUAGGCUGUGAAAUAGGAUAAACUAGUGCUAAGAACAGUUCUGGCACAUUAUGAUGUGCUUGUAAAGUUAGGAGGAAUAUUUUUAAAUCUGAUAGGUGUAACAUAGAACCAUGGAAAUUAUGUUGAUUACAUACAAAAAUUAGAAAAUAAUCUCAAUUGCCAUUCGUCAUCCUCAAUAGAGAAUAGCGUAACGACUGGCUACGCUUAAAGAUUUUCAACAACAACAGUCUAAGUCAUUGUGUAACAAUUCUACGAGAUUCAUCAACUCAAUCAUUUAUUUGACUAAUGUUAUAUGUGCAACAGCAAUUGGCGGAUGUAAAACAAAUCUGGCAAAAAAACCAAGCGAAUGUACAACGAACAAAAAAUGUGUUUAUAUUCAACAUCGGUGUUCUUAAGUGUUUAAUGGUUUUGGCAAUUCGAAUACAGAAAAAAAAUAAGAUCAUCAACAUAUGGGUGUUUAAAUGUGUGCGUGUACUUGAAAUCUAGAGAAGCGCUGUGAUCGCAAAUGAAAAUAAUUUUAAGGAAACGCAACAAUAGAAAAAAUGCGGUAUAUUUGGAAACUGUAAUAAACAAAUCAAGUGAAACGUUUAACAAGCAGUAAACGAUAGCACAAUUCAUAGUUACCAUCGCGUGUGAGAAGGACACAGGAAGUUUUGCUUCAGAGAUGGAUUGAAUCUGGUCACAAACAAUUAUAUAUAAAUAUCAUAACCAACAACAAACUUUAGGGAACACAAUAUAAUAUAAUGUCUCACUGGUUUGACAUCAAGAUCAUGGAACUCGAAGUGAUUCGGCAAAAAUUGCAUAUCUUUCUGUCCUGUUUUGAUAAAAAAAAAGUAUCCAUUUAGACGUGAAUUGGAAAUUGAGAAGCUAGGAACUAUUUUUAAUUUUUCCAAAUUUUUGGAACCGUUUUGUUACAAAUAUGUACGCAUACAUUUUCUCUUGAAACAUACUAUACAUUCAAUUGAAUAGAAAAAAAUGUAAGAAAUGUAUAUUUAUUUACUAAAACAAAAUAAAAAUAUAA